GGGUGCAGUUCUUAUCAGAUAUGAAAAUUUUGUGAUGUAAUUUAGCUUGUGAUUAAAUUUUUUAUUGUUCUAAUUUAAUUUAACCCUUUAAAAAAUAUUUUUCGGCGGUCACUUGUGAUUAUUCUGCAGUAGUAUUAGCAGCAUUUUGUUCAAUCUAGUCAUAAAAAAAUAAUCACCCAAGUUCCAAGCAGCACAGUACAUAUUUCAAAUUGAUAAAUCACAUUCCCAGUAUAAAUUUUCAUGUUGCAUCGCUCGCGAAUUAAUCGCUAUAAUGAUUCUAGUAAUUAAUAAGAGCAUUACGUCUUGUAUCAGUGAUAAAAAAUCGUUUAACCGAUGCUUCGAUAAAAACAUAGUUGCUGGCAUUUUUCAAGCUUCUGGAUGCGCAAUGAGAACUUAAUCUCCUUGGAGUACCAUUAUGGGAUAAUCGAACAAAUUUCUGCUCUCUGUUUCUUCAAAGAAGUUAUACGUCGGGGAAAUGAAGUGAUUAUAAUUGCGAGAAAUUAAUUUUCAAAUCAAGUAGUUGAGAUGCGAGUGAAGAAGAAAUUGUUGUUUUUCAGCGUCUUAUUUUUCAUUUCGACUUAUUUCGUGUUGUAUUACCUUUUAAAUAGUAGUAAUUUUUUCAAAAAAAAUAACAAGAUUUCCGAUGAACAACCGGCAUAUGCUCAUUAUAAAGCUAGAGUGUUUAUUGCUUUAAAUCAAUCUCACGGACGUAUACGACAACAUCAUGAAGAUACUGAACACAAGUGCGAAUCUAUUGGUUCGCAUUCAUCGGCAGAUAUUCAGAUGUUCAACGUGUACAAAGAAUUGAAAUUCGAUAACUUAGACGGCGGUGCCUGGAAGCAAGGCUGGAAUGUUCAAGCGGACAGCAAACGCUGGAACGCCGAUAGUAAGUUGAAGGUAUUCGUUGUGCCCCAUUCGCACAACGAUCCCGGAUGGCUGAAGACGUUCGAGCAUUAUUACGAAACCCAGACCAGGUUCAUAUUCAACAAUAUGAUCGAAAAAUUGAGGGAAAACCCUCAUCGAAAAUUUAUAUGGGCUGAGGUUUCGUACCUGUCUUUGUGGUGGAAUGAAGUCUCAGAGGUGAAACGAAAACGGUUUAAAGAAUUGGUCGACAAUGGACAAAUUGAAAUCGUUACCGGCGGUUGGGUUAUGACAGACGAAGCAAAUUCGCAUUAUUAUUCCAUUAUACAACAACUCACUCACGGUCAUCAAUGGUUACGUGAUAAUUUACAAAUCGAACCCAAGCGUAGCUGGUCAAUCGAUCCUUUUGGCGUAUCACCUACGAUGCCUUUCCUGUUAGGUCAUUUCGGACUGGAAUCACUAGUCGUUCAAAGAACUCACUACGCCGUAAAAAAAUACCUAGCGAAACAUAAACAGUUGGAAUUCCGAUGGCGACAGUUCUGGGAUGGAUCUGGAAAACACGAUUUUUUUACCCACAUGAUGCCCUUCUACAGCUACGACAUUCCGCACACCUGUGGCCCCGAUCCCGCAAUCUGCUGUCAGUUCGAUUUCAAGAGGACGCCGCAAUUCAGCAUCACGUGCCCGUGGAAAAAACCUCCGCAAAUGAUUAACGAUAAAAAUGUCGCGUUUAGAGCGGAGUUGCUGCUGGAUCAAUAUAGGAAAAAAGCCGAGCUUUAUGAUACGAAUGUGCUACUGAUUCCGUUGGGAGAUGAUUUCAGAUAUGACGUAAUGGCUGAAUGGGACUCUCAAUAUCAAAAUUACGAGAGACUUUUCGCUUAUAUGAAUCAAAAUCCUUCGUUUCACGUUGAGGCAAAGUUUGGAACAUUGCAAGACUAUUUCGAAGCUGUAGAGAAUCAAAAAUCAGCCGAUGCAUUUCCCAGUCUACAAGGCGAUUUUUUUACGUACGCUGAUCGUGAUGAUUAUUACUGGAGCGGAUAUUAUACUUCAAGACCGUAUUAUAAAAGAAUGGAUCGAGAACUGAUGUCCUCUCUGAGGAGUGCUGAAAUAUUACAUUCUUUAGCGUGGAAGAGCGCCGCAUUACGUGAUUCGAAAUGGUUAUUAUCGGAUUCUACCCAAUUUAUAAAACUAUUAAGACAGGCACGUGCCAGUUUAAGUUUGUUUCAACACCACGACGGAAUCACCGGAACAGCCAAAGAUCAUGUGGUUAAUGACUACGCUGAUAAGUUACAAAAAGGUAUGGAUGGCGCCGAACUUGUAAUGCAACAAUCUUUGAAUUUCAUUUUAAAUCCCAAUAAGGAUACUAGUCAACGUGAUCCGGAGACAAUUUAUUUCGAGUUGAAAGAGUCGAGAAAAACGCCGUCGAGUGAUCGUAAACAUAAGAUGAUUAGUUUAACUGCUGAUAAUUCGUUGAGAAGAGUGGUUGUUUUCAACUCGUUAUCGUGGCACCGUGUCGAAAUAUUGAAUCUGAAAAUUGAUAGCAAUCGAUUUUACGAAAUAAUCGACGAACAUGAUAACCUCAUCCCGUAUCAAGUAAAUCCGUUUUGUGAAAUUAAUGAUCACGGUAGCGGAUGCUACCUGAUACAUUUUAAAGUCGACAUCAGGCCUUUAGAAAUAAAGACGUUUUUCCUCCGGUACAAUCGGGAAUCAACAAACGAUGUUAAUAUGGCUUCUUUGAAGAUAAUGAACUCGUUUACGAUUUCGAGUGAUUUAGAACGUGUCAGAGAGUUUAUCAAGGACCGCCCUCCAGUUUCUGAAUUCUCUAUACAAAAUGAAAAAUUGUCGGUGGCCUUCAGACCUGAUGGGUUAAUAAAAGCCAUCUCAUUAAAAAACACCGAUUUUACUGUACCAAUUCACUUAAAUUUCAUAAAAUACGGUUGCCGACACCAAAGUCGAGUCAUGUGCGGUGCCUAUCUAUUUAUCCCCGAUGGUGAUGCCAGAACUGUGGAUUGCGCAGUUCCAAUGGUAAAGAUAAUCGAAGGCAAGCUGAUCUCAAGUGUUAUAACAUAUUGCGAUUAUGUUGUUCACGCUGUGAAUAUUUUCAACGCUGUUGGACCAGAAGAAUAUGGCGUAGAAAUUCAAAAUCUAGUCGAUAUAAGAACGGAGAAAAAUUUUGAAAUCGGAAUGAAGAUAUCAACGAACGUGAAAAACGAUGGAAUAUUUUACACCGACUUGAAUGGUUACCAGAUGGUCAAACGACAGUAUUUGAAGAAAUUACCCCUUCAAGCUAACUACUAUCCGAUGCCUUCUAGUAUUUAUAUCGAAGAUGAAAAAUCACGUGUUACUGUAGUAUCAGCUCAACCCUUGGGAGCUUCUUCUAUCGGCGAGGGUGAAAUAGAGAUCAUGAUGGAUCGACGACUCAACCAAGACGACGAAUUAGGAUUAGGACAAGGUGUUCUCGAUAAUAAACCAAUAUUAAACGUAUUCCGGCUCGUUGUUGAGAAAAAAAUGCCCAACUGCAAGAAAGUACCAGAGUCGCAUUUAGCUGGUUAUUUAUCAGUGAUUUCGUAUUUAUCCAUGAAUGCUAUUUUAUACCCGUUGACAUUGUUUGUUCGAAGUGAUAUUGAAACCAAAGACAAUGAUUUACUGACAACAUACAGUAUUAGUACCCUAAAUACUAGUGUGGAUGUACAUAUUGUCAGCAUGACCACAUUACCUGAAACUUCGGGCGUUGGACUCGUGCUUCAUCGAGCAGAACUCGAUACUUGCGUUCAUCAAGAGUACGAACGUUAUAUACUCAGCGAUGGAAUGGUAAACUUGACUUCUUUUGUCCCAGUCAAUGAAAACGAUGUCGUUUGCUCAUCGUCGUUGUCUUUUGUCAACAUUAAUGAUAAGUCAGUUUUAAACAAUAUGUAUAAUUUAUGUCCGAUGGAUUUAGCUGCAUUUUAUGUAGGCAAUCGUGAUGAAGUUAAGUGAAUAUCUGUUUUGAAUUCGUCGAUUUAAUGUGAGUUGUGUCUUGAAAAAAAUUCUCCGAAAUGAAGAAAAAAGGCGAAAAAUUAUCAACGAAUUGGGAUAAUUUAAGAUGGGAAUACUCGAUUUUGAGACCAUUUUACUGAUACGAUCAAUAAUUUAUUACUCUUAGAAAUAAUCGAACAACGACUUGGUUGAUAUUUUACCCAGUGACAAGUCUAUAAUAGGAAGACGGAAUACUUUCUCAUAAAUUACAUACGUGUUGUAUUAUUUAAUCAAUGUACAUAUUGUAUAAGACUUUAUUUAAUUUAAAGACCUUUUUUUGUACAGUAUUAAUUAUUGCUAUUUUUUUAAAUUAUUGAGUAGGUACCUAUGUAUCAAAGGACCUUAAUUGACCAUUCGUGUUUUUGCUUAAGUAGUUUGUAAAUUUACCUGCGUUUUAGUUCCUGUUUUAAAUUUAAAACAAAAUUGUGAUACAGUGUUCACUUGUCAAUAUGUGUGUGUAGGUGUGUUUUUCUUGAUAGCAAAUGUGUUCGAUGCACAGAUUGAUCAUUACAAAAUUUGACUUAUUUUAUUAUCAUCAUGGAUCUGCUUAUGAUUCUCUACUUAGUUUAUAAUAUUACAUCUUGCUGCAUUCGCCAAAGAACUUAUCGAUCAAAUUAUAUUACUUUAUUUUUUUAUUUAAAAAAAAAAUGAGACAAUUUUUUUCAAAUGCUCACCAUUUUUAUUUUGUUUAAAUCAAUUCAAAUGAAAUGAUGAUAAUGCUCUUUUUGUCGAAAUGAAGUGAGAAAUACCCAGUCUGUUAUAUUUUUGGCAUAAGUAUUCGAAUUUAAGAAUAAUUUUAUUGAAUGUACUCACGUUAGCAUUUUUUAUUGAUGACUUUUUGAUUAUUAAUUGAAUUGUAUUAUCGAAUAAAUAUUUUUAUUUUCAA